UAGAAAUACACAAAUACAAACAAGCCUUCACUGAGCAAUCUUGUUCUUUUCUCUCAAUUACCAUUUCAAAAACCAAGCAAGAAAAAUGUCUCUCAUUCCAAGCAGCUUCUUCGGUGGCCGGAGAACCAACGUCUUCGAUCCUUUCUCUCUCGACUUCUGGGAUCCCUUCUAUGACUUCCCAUUCCCAAGCACAUCUCUCUCAGUCUCGGCUCCUCGCUCCGAGUCCGCAAAUGAAACUUCAGCAUUUUCCAACGCACGCAUAGACUGGAAGGAAACUCCGGAGGCUCACGUUUUCAAGGCUGAUCUUCCAGGAAUAAAGAAAGAGGAAGUGAAAGUGGAGGUAGAAGAAGGCAGGGUUUUGCAGAUAAGUGGAGAGAGAAGCAAAGAGAAGGAAGAGAAGAACGAGAAGUGGCAUAGAGUUGAGAGAUCAAGUGGGAAAUUCUUGAGAAGGUUCAGACUGCCAGAGAAUUCGAAAGUUGAUGAGGUUAAGGCAAGCGUAAAGAAUGGAGUUUUAACAGUGACUGUGCCUAAAGAGGACGUCAAGAAACCAGACGUUAAGGCCAUUGAGAUCUCUGGUUGACUUCAGUAUAGUGAGACUGUUAAAGAAACAAACAAAGAAGGAAGGGAAAAACGGAGAUGAAAAAAUAGGGAGGGAAGGGGCAAAGGAAAAGGAGAAGAAAGAGAAAAUGGGGGAGAGAAAAGAGAAAAGAAGCAAGAUUCCUAGACCUGAAUUAAUUUUUAGGUGAAAAUGUUAGCAAAUGCAAACAAAUUCAAGCAACGAAAAUGAGACUUGCUAAUAAAAGAGGGCAAGAUAUGGGCAUUUUGCUUAAUUAGGAAAAAUACUUUUGUCCUAAAUUCGAGUUUGGAAAAAAAAUUCAAAUC